AUGCUGACCCGCCUGUUCAGCGAGCCCGGUCUCCUCUCGGACGUGCCCAAGUUCGCCAGCUGGGGCGACGGCGACGACGACGAGCCGAGGAGCGACAAGGGCGACGCACCGCCUCCGCCUCCGCCUCAGCCGGGGCCCGGGGCUCCGGGGCCCGCCCGGGCCGCCAAGCCCGUCCCUCUCCGUUCCGACGAGGUGCCGGAGGCCGCGCUGGCCGAGGUCAAGGAGGAAGGCGAGCUGGGGGGUGAGGAGGAGGAGGAAGAGGAGGAAGAGGAAGGGCUGGACGAGGCCGAGGGCGAGCGGCCCAAGAAGCGCGGACCCAAGAAGCGCAAGAUGACCAAGGCGCGCCUGGAGCGCUCCAAGCUGCGGCGGCAGAAGGCGAACGCGCGGGAGCGCAACCGCAUGCACGACCUGAACGCGGCGCUGGACAACCUGCGGAAGGUGGUGCCCUGCUACUCCAAGACCCAGAAGCUGUCCAAGAUCGAGACGCUGCGCCUCGCCAAGAACUACAUCUGGGCGCUCUCGGAGAUCCUGCGCUCGGGCAAGCGGCCCGACCUGGUGUCCUACGUGCAGACGCUGUGCAAGGGCCUGUCGCAGCCCACCACCAACCUGGUGGCCGGCUGCCUGCAGCUCAACUCGCGCAACUUCCUCACCGAGCAGGGCGCCGACGGCACGGGCCGCUUCCACGGCUCGGGCGGUCCGUUCGCCAUGCACCCCUACCCGUACCCGUGCUCGCGCCUGGCGGGCGCACAGUGCCAGGCGGCGGGCGGCCUGGGCAGCGGCGCGGCGCACGCCCUGCGGACCCACGGCUACUGCGCCGCCUAUGAGACGCUGUACGCGGCGGCGGGCGGCGGCGGCGCGAGCCCGGACUACAACAGCUCCGAGUAUGAGGGCCCGCUCAGCCCCCCGCUCUGCCUCAAUGGCAACUUCUCGCUCAAGCAGGACUCGUCGCCCGACCACGAGAAGAGCUACCAUUACUCUAUGCACUACUCGGCGCUGCCCGGCUCGCGGCCCACGGGCCACGGGCUGGUCUUUGGUUCGUCGGCUGUGCGCGGGGGCGUCCACUCGGAGAAUCUCUUAUCUUACGAUAUGCACCUUCACCACGACCGGGGCCCCAUGUACGAGGAGCUCAAUGCGUUUUUCCAUAACUGA